GUCUCAGGCUGGCUCCGCACUUCCAUUCAUCACCACUUCCCGUAGUCUCGAUCCUUUCUCCCUUUUCCCCCAUUCCUCGGGCUGCCCGUUGUCCGGUGCGUGAAUCAUGUCCGCCCGGGUCUGGUUUGUGACAGAUCGCCGGAUCCUGCAGGAUUACCCACAGCAGGAGAUCGAGCGCGCCCUCCGACAAAAAUGCGCCGACGAAGAGGUGGAAUUUCGCAUGGUCUUAAUGGAUGAGAUCGUCAUCACCAUCGAGCAGGGAGCUUUGGGACUACGUAUCAAACAGGAAACAGUAACCAGUUACCCUCAAGUAGUGGUUGUUCGAGUUCCCACUCCUUCAGUCCAGAAUGAUAGUGAUAUUACGCUCCUGCGGCACUUGGAAAAGAUGGGCUGUCGCCUGGCCAAUCGUCCUCAGGCCAUAUUGCACUGCGUUAACAAGUUCUGGACUUUCCAGGAGCUAGCUGGUCAUGGAAUACCAUUGCCUGAUACAUUCUCUUACGGUGGUCAUGAAAAUUUUGCAAAAAUGAUCGAUGAUGCUGAGCCUUUGGGUUAUCCAGUAGUAGUUAAAAAUACACGAGGUCAUCGAGGGAAGGCAGUGUUCCUGGCACGGGACAAGCAUCAUUUGUCUGACUUAUCUCAUCUGAUACGACAUGAUGCUCCCUACCUUUUCCAGAAAUACGUAAAAGAAUCGCAUGGGAAGGAUAUCCGUGUGGUGCUGGUAGGAGGCCGUGUGAUUGGUGCAAUGCUGCGAUGCUCCACUGAUGGUAGAAUGCAAAGCAACUGCUCAUUAGGUGGUGUUGGUGUGAUGUAUCAACUGAGUGAGCAGGGCAAACAGCUGGCAAUCCAGGUCUCCAAUAUUCUGGGCAUGGAUGUGUGCGGUAUCGAUCUGCUCAGGAAAGAUGACGGUUCUUUUGUAGUGUGUGAAGCAAAUGCAAAUGUAGGUUUCAGGGCCUUUGAUAAAGCUUGCAAUCUGGAUGUAAGUGGUAUCAUAGCAGACUAUGCCCUGUCAUUGCUGCCAAGCAGACUGACCAGAAAGAUGUCGCUUCUUUCUGUUGUUUCAAGUGCCAGUGAAACAAGUGAGCCAGAGGUGGGGGCUUCAGUCAGUGCCAUCCCUGAGAGUGUGUUCACCAUGAGUGUGGGUUCAAGUUCUAGUGAGAGUGAUCCUGAAAUAGUGGAGGUCAGAGAUUCUGACACUGCUGCUUCCCGGUCCAUGCAGACUGUCCUGCCUGAGACAGGCUACAAUAUGAACAAUCUCAUAAAUACUGAAAUGAAACUAUUGAGUGAGUGAGGCUGAGGAACCAUUCCUAAUCGGUAAAUCAAACAGGGCAGCUUUCCCAGCUGAACUGUGGUUAAAACAGUAAAGGAAUUGAUGGACAGAAUACUUCAUGGUUAAUAUGAGAGUAAAUUGUAUCAAAUCUGGGUAUAUUGAAUAGCCCUGAAUGAUAUUAUAGCCAUUAACUCACUCCUGGGCAAUGGGUUAUGUAGCCUCAGUGUCACUGGGGCCACAGUGGAGGUUGCAGUUGAUAAACUAUUUCAAUUACUCAGUAAUAUGGUUUCAGUUGCUUAGUUAAAAAGUAUUGCCUUGGCAAUAAAAAAAAUAGUAAUUAUCAGAAAGACAAGGACUGGUUAAUGUUCCGGAGAAGAUCUUUCAUCAGUUCAUAUUCAGAAAUGCAUAGCCUCUGCUUGACAUCUUCCAUUCCUACCAUGAUUGAGGUUGAGUACAUUCUGCAUUUGAAAUCAAAAUCUUGCCUCUCUGCAAUGAACUGCACCUCACACUUAACUAGAAUAGCAGUUUUAUAUCUUCCUUGUUUACAAUUUGCUUACAACAGCAGUAUUGUUGGUGAAAACAGUUUGAACUGGCAUUCAAAACAUUCUGGAGCAUAUAACAACUCAAGCUGUGAUCCUUUAGCUGGUCCUAGACCAAAGGCAUAAAUAUGAAGAAACAGAAAAUCAGUUUAAACAAAAUGGUCAGCACAUACUAUUUCAAUUCUUAUCUCUUCCUUUUUCUCCCAAAAUAACUUUUGAACAGUGAUAUUAAAAUGUUGGUUAGAAAUAAAUGAACUUUUGCAGAAAGUAAUUUGAGAGAAAAUAUAUUAAAAUAUAAAGGAAUUUGAUGUCAUUUUCUGUUUUUAGUUGUUUUUUUGGAAUUUGGCACAUGAAUUUGUCUAUCCAGGUAGGUUAAUGGAUAAACAGUGCAUGUUGAGGGGUAUGGUCAUAAACAAUGGUAAACUGAUUGUUUACAAAUAGUUUCUCUGCUCAACGUCAAGUAAUUGAAGGUGAAUUAGAUGCUUUUCUCAGUUUGAGACUUGGUUGUAACAUUGAAGAAAUCUAUAUUUUGUUGACUUAAUUGAUAAAAUGCAGUUUUUCUCAGAUUGAGAUUAUGAAGAAACAAUCCUGGACUGCACAAAAAUAUUUGGGAAAUAAGUAAGACAUGUUCUAGUCCAUCGACACAGAAAUCCCCUUGACUUGAGUUGCCGUGCUAAUAUGUGUAAUAAAUGUUUUGAAUUGUUGCACCCCAUUUCCACUUUACUAUUUUAAUUUUACUUGCUAGCAAAUCAAUGCCAGCAUAUCCUAAUACUGUGCUAUAGUAGUCAAAGAGAAACAAGGGCCAGUUGUCUCGUUGAAGCUUGUCUCCUAGAAUACUAACACAUAAAGCCGAGCAUCAUGCUAGAUAUGAAAGGUAUGAAAUGUAUUUGGCUGAUUGCUGUUUUGUCAUCAUCUGGUUUUGCAAAAGUUUUGGAUCUGGUUUAUCAAGUAAAACAUGCAAGAUUAAAAUC